AUGUCCGGCGGACACGAGAGCCUGAGCCUGGUGCAGGAUGACGUGGUGAGGCUCCUCGCCACCUACACGCACAUCGGCACGACGAACGUCGACCAUCAAAUGGAGCAGUACAUCUACGCACGACGCGCUGACGGUACCCACAUCAUCAACUUGAAGCAAACCUGGGAGAAGCUGCUGCUGGCCGCGCGCGCCAUCGCCGCUGUCGAGAACCCGGCCGAUGUGAUCGUCGUCUCGGCCCGUCAAUUCGCCCACCGAGCCCUGAUGAAGUAUGCUGCGCACACAGGAGCUACCCCGGUCUUUGGCCGUUUCGCCCCGGGCGCGCUCACUAAUCAAAUCCAGAAGAACUUCAAGGAGCCGCGCAUUAUCAUCAUCUCUGACCCGCGAAUCGACCAUCAGGUCGUCACGGAAGCUUCGUACGCCAACGUGCCGAUCAUCGCGUUCACCAACUCGGAUUCGCCGUUGAAGUUGAUCGACGUCGCCAUUCCGUGCAAUAACAAGGCCGCGCAGGCUGUUGGUCUGAUGUGGUGGCUGCUCGCUCGCGAGGUGCUCAUCCUACGUGGCAAGGUGUCUCGUGAUGGACCGUUCCUGAUCGAGAACACCGAGAUCAUGCCGGAUCUCUACUUCUUCCGCGACCCAGCCGAGAUCGAGAAGGAGCAAGCCGCCGAAGAAUUCGAGGCCGGUCAACAAGAAGCCAUCACCACCGAGGUUCCACUCGACUUCACCGCUGCCCCGGAUAUCAAGGACUGGGCGGCCGAGGCCAACGCUGACAACUGGAAUGGCCAGCCGGCCGGUCAAGAAUGGGGACAAGCCCCCGCGGUCAACCAAUGCGUUAUCCGUAGAAAUUCGUUACUGCCUCGUUUUAGACAAGAGAAGAUGGCGCCGGCACGCAAGGGCAAGACCAAGGAGGAGCAGCCCGUCGUCGCCCUGGGCCCGCAAGCUCGCGAGGGUGAGAACGUCUUCGGCGUCGCGCACAUCUUCGCCUCGUUCAACGACACCUUCGUCCACGUCACCGAUAUUUCCGGCCGCGAAACGAUCGUGCGGGUCACUGGUGGAAUGAAAGUCAAGGCCGACCGCGACGAGUCUUCGCCCUACGCUGCUAUGCUCGCCGCCCAAGACGUUUCAGAACGCUGCAAACAGCUCGGAAUCAACGCGCUCCACAUCAAGAUCCGAGCCACCGGCGGCACACGCACCAAGUCGCCCGGACCAGGAGCCCAAUCCGCCCUGCGCGCUCUCGCCCGAAGUGGAAUCAAGAUCGGCCGCAUCGAAGACGUGACCCCGAUCCCGUCCGACAGCACUCGAAGGAAGGGAGGUCAUCGCGGACGUCGCCUC